CCCCACGUUUCCCCAAAAAACCCCGACCACCACCACAGACCUCGAUGAGCGCCGCGAAGGUAGUGGCAGCGACGAUCCGGCUCACAGUGCCAGCCGGCGGGGCUCGGCCGGCGCCUCCGGUGGGGCCGGCGCUAGGUCAGUACCGGCUGAACCUGAUGGCGUUCUGCAAAGACUUCAAUGCGCGCACGCAGAAGUAUAAGCCUGAAACUCCCAUGGCGGUGACGAUUACGGCAUACAAGGACAACACGUUCGAGUUCACCGUGAAGUCGCCUUCGGUGUCAUGGUAUCUGAAGAAGGCCGCCGGGGUGGAAUCCGGCAGCAGCCGCCCUGGUCACGUGACGGCGUCCUCCCUGUCGGUUCGGCACGUGUACGAGAUCGCCAAGGUGAAACAAUCAGACCCGUACCUCCAAAACAUGCCGCUGGAAUCCAUUUCCAAGUCCAUCAUGGGAACCGCUAACAGCAUGGGAAUUAAGAUCGUCAAGGACCUCGAUUGAGGCUUUAUUGAUUUGAACUGCUUUCUUAUGUUGUGCGAUUAGGACUGAGAUGCAGAUUGGCAUCCAUUGCUGUCUGUCUUCCCUAACUGUCAGGCUUUCUUUCCAUACUGCUCUGAUUUCAAAAUCUGGGGUAAGAAUUAACAGUUAACCUGUUCCUUUUUUUUAAUGUUGUUAUUGUCAUAUCAUAUGUGAUAGUUCUCUAUUAGCUUCAACACUUAACAAGGUUUCUGAAGUUAUCAGAUAACAGGGGAUUGAUCUGAUGAUGGCCCUUGUUAUAUAAUCAUAGAUUUGAACUUAGGAAACUAAAUUAUUGUUCUGAACAUAUAGCAUUUGACCCAGCUUUUUUACUUUUUCUCAUAUUGUUUUUGUUU